AUGGAGAACGAGGUCCCUCUGCCACCGCCGCCACGCAUCCGCCAUCGUUCCCCAGUCAAUGCACAACCCGCUUCGUCCUCAGUUCGCAAGACGUACCAGCUUUCGCGGUUUGAUGAUCGUUCUAGUCAACCUUCUAGUGACCCCGCACUCUUCUCUAGUGACGAUGUCCCCGCGUCUGGCCUGGAGAAUUAUAAUGCCCCGGUAUCCUCGGUCAGUCGGAAAAGACGGUAUCGGGGCACGUGGUGGGGGGAGAUGGUGAAGGAUCCGAAACGAAAGAGGGCUGAUUUCAAGGACAAGCGUUUGGUGGACAGUGGUGUGUGGAUGGGUAGUGAUGAGUCCAGUGCCGAAUCGCUGUUGCCUCCAGAGGAUGCGUCGACCUGGGGCGAGGAUUUGCUGCAAGACACGAGGAACACCGUAGUGCGCGGCAUGGAUAUGUUGUUAUGGAAGUCCAAGCCGCAAAGUUAUACAACAACGCAGCAAAGGGUAGUUUUCCGAAAGACGGAGGAGCCCAAGGAGCAUCAAUUAGCGCGGACCAUCAUCAAUGAUUGUCUAGAAAAGGGCCAGGAUAGUGUCGACUUGAGUAAUGGUCAUUUGAGGGUUAUCCCCUCGGGUCUGCUGCGGCCAUUGCAACAUCUUACAAAGCUGCCUUCUGUGAAAGAGCCCCCUAUUACGGAGGACGUUUACAGCUCCCUCGAACCUUUUCUGCGUUUAUUUCUGGCGGGAAACUCCCUGUCAACCGUUUCUGGCGAGUUAUUCGAGCUGGAUUCCCUUCGAGUGCUUAGCCUACGGAAUAAUAAACUCACGGGGAUCCCACCAGCGAUACGGAAGUUGACCAUGUUGCAAGAAGUCAACCUUUCGGUCAAUCGUUUGCAGUGUCUUCCCUGGGAGCUGCUGUGGCUGAUUAAAAAGGGCGACUUGAAGCACUUGACGGUCCGGCCUAAUCCUCUCUUGCAGACUGAGGAUGCAGAUAUCGCCCAAUGGCAUAUGCCUGAGGGUACUUAUCGUCCUUCUCCCGAAGCAUCCUUGACCCUCUGCGAGUAUGAAGGACCCACACCAGAAGAAGCCUGGGCGCCAAUCCACGUUGCCACAGGGCCCGUCCGUCGAUUUAAUGUAGAGGGGUUCCCUGUCACGGAGGGCCAAGCCAGCAGCAUGUACAUCAGCAAACCAUCCGAGCACGAGUCUCGAGUGCCUUCCCUCCGGGAACUGUCACUUCUUGCUUGUAACAAGUCACCCUUUUUCGAUCAGAUUCCAGACUCGGAAAUGGCAGAAUAUCCGGGACUAAUCCUCCGGCUACUCCGCCAGGCUAAGGAGGUCCGGGAUGGCGGCGGGCGAUCCUGCACGGUAUGCCAUCGGAGCUUCGUGAUCGCUCGUACCGAGUGGAUCGAAUGGUGGGACUGCAGUACGUACGAGAACGGACUCAAAGGGCCGCGGUGUCCGGGCGAGAGUCUCCGUCCUCUACCUUUCCGACGAUUAGGAUGCAGCUGGGCCUGCGUGCCUGAUCAGACUCGCAUUCCUCUGUGA